ACUGAUGUUGUACACCCCAAUGAACUAUACACGUAUUUCUCUAAAAUUAUCUCUGUCUUUAUUUUUAUUGUUUGUUUAAUCAUUUCGGUUGAAUCGCAUUUCAACUGUCCUUUAACUGCAAAUUCUCAUGAAGCCCUUCAAACAUUCAUUAUUCAGCUUUCCUCAACAGCCUCAAGGGAUACAAUAAAUAAUCAUUAUGCAAUGUUAGCAUCAUGUUUUAAUAAAAUCAUUAGUGACGAUUCCACUAUUAAAUUAGACCAUCAUAGCAUUAUUAAAGAUGUCAGUUUUGGUUCAUUCAUUUGCUACAUCGGAAAGUUUGGUCCUAGUGAUGCUACUGGAUUGGCUAGUUUACCUGAGAAUUUGGAUCGUAUUGACCAAAAACGUCGUCCAUUGAAUGGAAAAUAUACUUAUCCUAGUAGUGCUGGUUCUAAUGUAAAUGUUUAUAUUGUUGAUACAGGUGUUAAUGUAAAUCACUUAGAAUUUGGCGGACGGGCAAAACUUGGUCCUGUUUUAUGUGAAGGAUGUCCGAAUAUAGAUGAUUUUGG